AUGUCUCAUGGAUCCAUCAAACCACACUGGAAACCCUUCAUCACCACAACCAUAAUCAACACACCGCCCACCACCGACAAGAAGAAACCACCACAAUCAAAGAGACCAUGGCUCCCCCUCACCCUCCGCAAACCCUACCUCCUCGCCCUCAUCCUGACCACGCUCGUCCUCAUCGUCAUCGUCCAAUACCUCUUAUACGUCAGCCGUCGAGACCAAGGCAUCAUCUUCGCGGAGGAUAUCAAUGAGCUUCCGCUAAGGAGGGCUUUUUGUUAUUUGUAUCUGCCGACGAUUGUUUCGGUGGUGUAUGGGUUUCUGUGGACGUGGGUCGAUUUGGAUGUGAAGCGGUUGGAGCCUUGGUUUCAGGUUUCGAGGGAGGGGGGAGCAACGGGAAGACUUUCAGUCUUGUUGAACUACCCUUUGGAAUUCCUGGUCAACGUGCCAUUCAUCGCCUUCAAAAAUCGACAUUGGCACGUUUUGUCGGCGUCAACAAUCAUGAUGCUGGUUCUCUGGGGUAUCACACCUUUACAGGCUGGAAUAUUUGCUGUUCGCACGGUGACCGCUGUCGAAGACAUUUCAAGCGGGUACUCUUCUUCGUAUACUCCGGUCGAUCAGCAGCCCGAUCUCUUUGGAGAGUACGCCCAGUUCGUCUCGAACAUUGCCUGGCUCAAUGAGACAUUACCACCGUUCAUGACGAGGGACUUUGUGCUUGCUGAGUUCGGUUCUUCUAGCGAUGAAGAGAGGAUAGAUGGCCGCAAUGCCAUCUUAACUGGUGAGACAUAUCUUUACAGCCUUGACAUAUCUUGCGAAGAGCCUGUGCGCUGGGAGAAACAAGCAGGCAUCGUCUGGUACAACACCUCUCGUGGCUGCAGUUUCUACGGACCGACUUAUCGACCAAUGGGAGGCAAUGAUACGUCGAAGCCCUUCGACACCAUGUAUGUGGGUUACUCGAACCAAGAUGGAAAGGCAGACUACUAUCUGUCAAAUUACUGCAACGAGUUGUUUGAGCACUCGUUCUUCGUGAGGUUGACGAAAAGCAGCCCAGCAGCAAUAUUCAACGGCACUUUCGAUGACCUGAAGCAGAUCCAAGAGACAUCACUGUUCUGCGAACCGACAUAUUACAAGCAGAAAGCGCACAAUGCGUCAAUUAGCCUCCCUUCCAAGGCUGUCCUCGGAGUCGGUGCACUCGGCGAGAGGGAAACCCUUCCCCUGAACAUGGUGAACACCACAGCCUUCGAAUGGCAAAUGAGUGCCGGAACUGGCGGCGAUGCUCGCAUCGACUUCCCCACGAGCAACUUCCCCGACCAGAAAGCAUACCUGGUGAACAUACCCCUGAAUCUUGCUUACAUCUCGAAGAUGGCACCGUUUGCUAUUGCCACUACUCAACUCCCGCUUGAGUCGUACCUGGACCACGAAACCCUCCGCCUAUCGUACCAGGCUGCAUAUCGGCUGCUGUUCGCACGUCACUUGACUGAGAUUCUCGGCUCAGAUCUGGAUACUUCGAGUGAUCAAUUCGCUCGCCGAUCGUACGUUACCCAGGCUGUGGUUGUCAUACCUGGAUUUGCUUACGCUGCUACUGCCAUUCUGGCUCUCAUUGCCGUAUUGGCAAUUGGCAUAUUUGCCACGAUAACGCGGCGCCCGAAUAAGCUGACAGGCGAUGUUGCUACCCUUCGAAGCUUGAUGGAUUUCAGUGCCCAUGAUCCAGCGCUGAUCAAGACUUUCUCUCAUCUUGACGACGCCGACUCCACUAAGAUUGACAAGGCGCUGCAGGACACGCAUCUGUACUUAGAAUACAACGAUGAAUGUCGCGAAGGACCUUUGCUGCGCAUUCGAAACAGCGAGGACGAAGUCGGACUAGAAGCAAUGCCCUUGACUGGCACUACACUCUCACAAUCGAGCGAGGAUGACAACGAACCGACUUCAAAGGGACCUGGAGUAAGACCCAUUGAGAUGAAGCUCGGCAUUGGUGCUGUUUUCCUGUCGCUUCAAAUCGCUGCGAUAAUCACCUUUACAGUGCUAUAUUUCAAAGCACGUCAACAGAAUGGGCUGGCGCUGCCGUCAAACUCGACGUUUGUGAGGCAGCUUCUCGAGAACUACAUUCCCAUUGCACUUGCUACGUUGAUAGAACCCUUUUGGCUUCUGCUCAACAAGAUGUAUUGUCUGCUGUUGCCCUACGAGCAGCUUCGAAAAGGCAAUGCCCCUGGACGACGUUCGGUUAAUCUCGACUACAGCUCCUUGCCACCUCAGUUCUUGUUCUGGAAAGCCGUCAGAGCGCGCCACUUCGUUUUGAUGGUGGUCUGCCUCAUGGUCCUGGCGGCCAAUGUACUCGCUGUUGCGCUUGGUGGUCUGAUGAACGAGGCGACACGUUCUAUUGUAACGUCAUCAACCUUCACUCCGGUCCGGGAUGCUAAGUUCAAGGAGUUGAACGGAACUGGGUUACCUUUCAACAGCAAGACAUCCAACACUUUCCAAGGCGGCACUACUUCAGACCAGUUCUAUCGCGAUAUGUCGAAUCUCACUGCCAAUACCCCAUUGCCCCCUUGGACAGACAGCACUACGGUAUACCUACCGUUGAAUACCGAAUCGAGCCUCGUCAAUACUUCGUUUCAAUUCAAGACAACCGCUCUUGGUGUCGAACUGGACUGUCAGACCCUGAACGAAGAGUCAUAUAGUAUACGUUUCUCCAACGAUGCUUCAGAAGCAAACUUGACGGUCCCCCUCAACAACGGCGACGGGAUUGUAAAUUGCACAGAUUUUCGAGUUGGCCAACAGCCUCUGCCCCAGGACACUACGCCAGACGAUCGUCCAGGCCUCAGCUACCUCUCGGACUACCAGCCUGGCCACGUUGCUCUCGAGAUGGCAACCAUGCUGCAAGAGCGUAACGGGAAGCACGACCUGUUCUGCAGACAGCAUUACGUCGCUGGAUGGAUGCGCGCCGAUCUGGAAUACGUAGGGGACAGGUUCGACUUGACUGAUCUUGGCCUCCGAAAGAUGAAGAUCGUGUCACGAAAUGAGACCAUGAUUCUCUGCAAGCCGAAGAUGAACAUCGGCCCGGCUGAGAUUGUCGUGGACAGUCGAUGCCAAGUCCAGCGAUCGAUAUCUGCCAACCUCAGCUCUGGUGAUAUCGACACGUACUUCAGCUCAUCACCUCAGGAUCUCAUCGCCCAAGCGAACCAGUUCCUGACCAACAACGGCGCUACCUGGCACAACGACUCCUUCCCAUCCGACUACAUCAACUACCUGAUCAAAAAGAGCACAAACGACACGACCCUCCUAGAUCCCUCGCUUCCCCCUCCAGACGCCUCACACGCCAUGAACAGACUCUCCCCACUCUACACAACCCUCUUCGCCAUCCUCCUCGGCUCCAACCUCGACCUCCUCCUCUCAAACACCGCAAGACCCCAAUCCAUCAUCCCGGGAUCAACCAUCACCCCAGAAACCCGUAUCGUCUUCUCCACCCCAGCUUUCAUCGUUGUCGAAGCCAUCCUCCUCUGCUACAUCAUCACCACGAUCUUCUUCUACGCUCGCAGGCCCUGGAAGGUUCUGCCGAGGCUGCCGUCGACGGUGGCGUCGAACAUCGCUUUCUUCGCGGGAAGUCAUGUGCUGCGGGAGAUUGGGGAGGGUGGGAGGGGAAGGGAGUGGACGUGGGCCUAUGGGACGUUUGCGGGGAGUGAUGGGAGGACGCAUACGGGGAUUGAGAGGGAGCCGUUUGUGGCGGUUUUGAGAGGGGAAGUUCUGCCAGGUGGACGGCGAAGGAGGUGA